AUGGGUCUAUACCCAUUUGCUGCACAAAGUUGUCAGUAUUCCUCUCCAGCCUCCGCGUCAUUGGAGUCGUGCCGGCAGGCAGUCCGAGCAGCAUUGAGACAAGUGGUGCUGGAGAUCCCGGCACUCCAAGUUGGCAUUGGUGCUGCGGACACUAAUGAGCCGGUCUUUCUUCGUUUGGAAUCGCUUGAUUUGUCAAACCAUUUAGAAUGGAGAGACAUAUUUGAGACUGGGUCCACGGCGUACGACAGCGCCCUGGUCAAUGUCCUCAAGACGGACCACAUCAGAGACUGGCAAGAUGUCUCUAAGAUCCCUCCCUGGAAACUGGUUGUUUUCCAGCGACCUGCCUCGGAUGAGGAACCCGGCCUAAUAUUUGACUUCCUCUUUGAGGCCCACCAUUCCAUCGCUGAUGGACGGAGUCUAACUGUGGUCCAUGAACACCUUGCCAAGGCAUUGGAUGAGCUCUACGUAGAUCCAGGCGAGACCCAAGACGUGGUCACUUUGCCAUCGGACCCCAUUCUCACGCCUUCUCUGGAGAAUCUCAUGAGCUUCGAUAUCUCGAAAAUGUAUUUGUUCAAGACUCUAUGGGGAGAGUUUGCCCCGGCCUGGCUCCGUGGACAGCCUGCCGCUCUCCCAUGGACUGGUGAACCAGUCACCCUAGAAAAGCGGCCACUUCACACACGUUUGGUCACAAUUCCAGCUAAAGCAGUCUCACGGCUCCUUGAGGCCUGCAGAGCACACAGCACGACCAUCACGCCGCUUUUGAAUGCGCUCAUUGCUGCAUCUUUGGCGAGACAACUGCCAGAAAAUUCCACCCUUGGCGGUUUCCGAGGAUUCACCGUGAUUGGGCUUCGGCCUUUCGCGGAUAAAUCCAAGAUCCCAGGUACUACGGAUCUCAAACAAUGUAUGGGCGAUAUGUCAACGGGCGUGGGCCACGACCUGAGCCCCUCGACCAUAUCCAAUCUGCGGACAGUCUGCAAGAACAGCUCCGAUCUCGAAGACAGCGAGGCUCUUAUCUGGGACUUGACAAAGAGAAUGGGAAGCGAAAUCAAAGCCCGCCUUGCGGUUCUUCCAAAAGACGACAUCACCGGCCUCCUGCAGUGGGUUUCGGAUUGGUUCAAGCGAGCCCGCGAGUCGGAGGGCAAACCGCGUGGCGAUACAUGGGAGCUAUCGAACCUGGGGACCAUGUCAACGGCCGCGGAAGGUGAAUGGAAAUUGCGCAGAUCCAUCUUUUCGCAGUCUUUCAGUGCCUUUGGCCCGGCUAUCUCCGUCAAUGUUUCUACUGUUACCGCCGGGCCGAUGGCCAUAAGUGUGAUCUCAGCCGAUGGCGUUGUCAGCUCUGAGGUGAUCGAUGAAUUGGGCAACGAUCUGGAGACUUGGCUGAAAAUCUUCCUGCCACAGGCAGAUUCGGGAUCUCUCCGGCUUAGAGGGACUGCAUGGAUCUGA